GGGGCGGGUGAAUAAAGAGUCCAUACCCCUGCCCGGCAGGGAGAAUGUCCGCCUUUUCUGAGUCAGCUCUGGAGAAGAAGCUGGCGGAACUGAGCAACUCGCAGCAGAGCGUGCAGACCCUGUCCCUGUGGCUCAUCCACCACCGCAAGCACUCCAAGACCAUCGUGAUGGUGUGGCACCGAGAGCUCAAGAAAGCUAAACCAAGUAGAAAACUGACCUUCCUUUAUCUGGCAAAUGAUGUGAUCCAGAACAGUAAGAAAAAGGGACCAGAAUUUACCAAGGACUUUGCUCCAGUUUUGGUGGAUGCGUUUUCACAUGUUUCAAGUGAAUCUGAUGAGAAUUGCAAGAAGCAUUUGGAAAGAGUAUUAGCUAUUUGGCAGGAGAGGAUGGUUUAUGAAAACAACUUCAUCGAUCAGCUUAAGCAAAUUGUUUCAACAGAAAAAAAGGCCAAGAAACGUACCUUUGAACAAAUACAGGAGGAAGAUGAUGAUGACUAUCUUUCCAACAGUACACCUAAAGAACCACCAGAGACUGAGGAUCUAAUUAAGUCAUUGCAAGAGCUGGAAAAUGCAGCAUCUGGUGAUGCAGCCGUUCGACAGAAGAUUGCAUCAUUGCCACCAGAGGUUCAAGAUGUUUCUCUAUUAGAUAAAAUAGCAGACAAAGAGUCCGCAGACAGACUUUCAAAAACUGUGGAUGAAGCCUGCAUGCUCUUGGCAGACUACAAUGGCAGACUGGCCGCAGAACUGGAAGAUCGCAAGCAGUUGGCACGUAUGCUGGCUGAUUACAUCCGUAGUCAAAACGAAAUCCUAGCAGAGAAGGAACGUAAACUGGAAGAGUACAAGCACAAAUUAGCCAAGGUCACACAAGUGCGGAAAGAACUCAAGUCCCACAUCCAGAGCUUACCAGAUCUUUCCCAGCUUCCUAAUGUGACAGGUGGCUUGGCCCCAUUGCCCUCUGCAGGGGAUCUCUUCUCCACUGAUUGAUCUGUUCAAUUCUUCUGCUAUAAAAGACUUUUAAAAAGGACAUAGAGGAAGGAGUGCAUAAUUUUCAGACCCCCCCCCCCCCAAUAUUUUUUUUCUUGUUUUAAAAAGUCAGAAACUUAUUUUGCUGUAGUGAUAUUUUUGUAUGUCUACAGGGUUGCGGUGCUAGCUGAUGUGAAUAAAAUAAAAGGUAUUUAAAAAGAAACCUACUGUUUGCACACAGAGAAGACAGGCUAUUUACCUGUACACAGUUUAUGCCAAUUGGCAACUGUUUAUUUGAUGAGUAAGUGAAUGCCAGAGAAUUGUGUCUUGCAAAAAAUUACAGUAUUUCAGUCAUUUGAAAGAUUCCUGUUAGAUUUGGAUCAGUGGGACCACAUUGUUAUUACAGUGGGUAGGCUGGUUAACAUGUAGAUACCUUGAAAGCAUUAUGGCUAGGAAGUUACUAGUAGUUUAAAGCCACCAUUGACAUUAGCAGCUCAUUUCAUAGAAGCAGCAACUAAGUAUGUCAAGGAAUACACUCUAAGCACCUGUAAAGCUCAAAUAAUGAAUGUUUGUUCACAUUAUGUCAUUUAACCAAUAGCUAUUGGCCACCUCACCAUCAAAUAAAAGCAUUUGAAGUACAAAAAAUUACUACUAGUUGAGACCUGAACCUAGUAUAGGAGCUGUGCUAAUCAAAUGCAGAAUAACAAUGUAGACAUCUGUAACAGGCAUGCACCAUGAAAUGGACACAAUCUGUACACUGAAUGUAAUGAACCCUCUUUAAUGUUUGAUAUUGUAGGUCAGCCUGCAUUGCAUGCUGCUUCCUGAAUUUAGUUGGAACUGGUGGGCUUUGCUGCUAUAGUUGUACACUACUGACAGUGGAUCAUUGACACCAUAACUGACAUUUAUCGACCUUCAUUAAGCAGAGUUUGAGCUAGCAAAGCCAAUACAUUGUCUGAAGCCUUAAUUUGCUCCUUUCCAAUAGGUGGUUUAAAAAAAAUGUAAUGAAGUUGCAUUCUUCAAGGUUGCUUUUAUUUGCAUUUUUUUAAUGUGAUUACCAUGUGAGAAAAAAUAUUCAAAAAAAGCACGACUAGUGAUGUUUAAACACAAUAUUAUGAGUCCUAAAGUAGUAUUGUCAUGAAUGUAACGUGGUAUUAGCAGUUUGAUUUUUCUGUUUUGUUUACUCAAAGGGUAAUGACACUGGGCGGGAAUGUAAAUGACUUUCAGUAUAAAUUGCUCAGCCUGGAAAGAUUAUUAAAAAAAUAUCUUCCCACCUGUGAGGGAAGGUUUCUGUUUUACUGGUCAGAUAGCAACCUCUUGUUGGGUCUGACAGCUAGAAUGUACUUGCUCACAUUACAUACAUGGCUACCAUUAGAUGGGGUGAAAGUGGAGUGUGAAAUCAGUCCUAAGUAUGAAUAUUGAUGCUGAAAUUCAUACUUCAAAAAAACUUCAGUAUUUAAUCUAUCUAAUCUACCUGAGGCAAGCACUUUAAAUUGAAAGCAUCUCCCCACAGGUACUUGGGUCUUGAAAUUACACUGUGGUAUAUAAUAAGUGAAUGUAUAGCAUAUUUGAAAUUUCCCUCUGCUAUUUUCUGGAGGCAUUAACCCACCUACUUUAAAUGGGUCAAAGUGCCCACUUAGAUAGUGAGGAGAAAAAAUUCAGACAAACAUAAGGUUCACUAUAAUCCCACAGAGUAGUUUGUUGCCCGCUAAGCUAUCCCAUGCAAUUACUGAUCAAUCUGUAAGAUAUUUGUAUAUAUGCACAGUAGAUAAUUAUAGUCUUUCUAAAUCUGGCAACUUUGUGUUAUAAACAUCUGUUACAGGUCCUGUAAAAACUGUGCUUUCACCUUCUGUAAGUUGAACUUCUUUUGCAUCUCUCAAAAUGUAGGUAUGUUGUGAAAUGUAAUUCUUCAGACUUUUCUAAUCUGGCCUAUUUCAGAUGAACGCAUUAAACAAAGUGUGUGUGUGUUUACCUUUCAAUCAAGAAAUGUGCAAGUGAAGAAAUCUCUAGCAGAAAAAGAGACAAAAACGCACAUAAGAACGGUUUUGCUAACAAGAUCAGCUCCCAGAAACAAGGUUGCUACUGUUCAAAUGUCUUAUCAUUGCAAAGGAGGAGUAACUUGUAGGUGUGACUGAUGGAUGGGCUAGCCAGUUGGUUUCAGUGUUUCCAGUAUUUUGUCUCUCACAUUUUAUUAAGAUUUCUCUACUGGUGCAUUUCCAUGCAUUUCAAACUGUUCUGCAAUGUAUAAUAUUUAUAGAAUGGUAGAACUACAGAUGAUUUUAUUUAUAGUAUUCUAUGAAUAAACUUUUAAAAUAAAAGAGUAUCUUACAAGGUAAA